AUGGAAACGAUUAUCAUGAACAUUCUGGCUUUAAAUCCCCGAAAACAGACACAUGCAACUCUUCAUUCAACUGCAGCAAAGAAGCAAAUCAAGAAGCAAUGGAAAAGGAAUUCUGACAAAAGCUGUUCAAACUGUGAGAAACUAGAAAAUAAUUUUGAUGACAUCAAGCACACGACUCUUAGUGAGCGAGGAGCACUUCGAGAAGCAAUGAGAUGCUUAAAGUGUGCAGAUGCCCCCUGUCAGAAGAGUUGCCCAACUAAUCUGGACAUCAAGUCAUUCAUCACAAGUAUUGCAAACAAGAACUACUAUGGAGCUGCCAAAAUGAUUCUUUCAGACAAUCCACUUGGCCUGACAUGUGGAAUGGUGUGUCCAACAUCAGAACUCUGUGUUGGUGGCUGCAAUUUGUAUGCCACUGAGGAGGGACCAAUUAAUAUUGGUGGAUUGCAGCAGUUUGCUACUGAGGUGUUCAAAGCUAUGAAUAUUCCUCAGAUCAGAAACCCUUCCUUACCUCCUCUAGAAGAUAUGCCUGAAGCCUAUCAUGUGAAGAUAGCUCUUCUUGGUGCAGGACCUGCAAGUUUAAGUUGUGCUUCCUUUUUGGCUCGAUUGGGCUAUUCAAACAUCACCAUAUUUGAAAAGCAGGAGUAUGCUGGUGGCUUAAGUACGUCUGAAAUCCCCCAGUUCCGAUUGCCGUAUGAUGUAGUGAAUUUUGAAGCUGAGCUUAUGAAGGAUCUUGGAGUGAAGAUAAUUUUUAGUAAAGGCCUUGCAAUGCAUGGAAUGACACUCCGUACCUUGAAAGAAGAUGGCUAUGAAGCAGUCUUUAUCGGAAUAGGUUUGCCAGAACCAAACAGAGACAGUAUAUUCCAAGGACUGAGAAUGGAUCAAGGAUUCUACACAUCUAAAGACUUCCUACCUUUGGUAGCAAUGGCAAGUAAGCCAGGGAUGUGUGCCUGUCACUCUCCAUUGCCAUCAAUACAUGGAACUGUGAUUGUACUUGGGGCAGGAGACACUGCUUUUGACUGUGCAACAUCUGCUUUACGCUGUGGAGCUCGUCACGUGUUUGUGGUCUUCAGGAAGGGAUUCACUAAUAUCAGGGCCGUCCCAGAAGAGAUGGAACUUGCAAAAGAAGAGAAGUGUGAAUUUCUACCUUUCCUCUCCCCUCGGAAAGUUGUACUUAGAGGUGGACAAAUUGUUGCUAUGGAGUUUGUUCGAACCAAACAAGACAAUGAAGGAAACUGGAAAGAAGAUGAGGAUCAGGUUGUCCGUCUGAAAGCUGAUGUGGUGAUCAGUGCCUUUGGCUCCGUUUUAAGUGACAAUAAAGUCAGAGAGGCCAUGGCACCUAUCAAGUUUAACAGAUGGGGUCUUCCUGAAGUAGAUCUGGAAACUAUGCAAACAAGUGAACCCUGGGUUUUUGCAGGGGGUGACAUUGGUGGUCUUGCUAACACUACAGUGGAAUCAGUAAAUGAUGGAAAACAAGCUUCCUGGUACAUGCACAGAUACAUACAGUCCUUACAUGGUAUUGCAGUUUCUACUGUUCCAGAACUACCACUCUUCUAUACUCCUAUCGAUUUAGUAGACAUCAGUGUAGAAAUGGCUGGACUGAAGUUUCCAAAUCCUUUUGGCCUUGCCAGUGCAACCCCUACUACUAGUUCUUCAAUGAUUCGAAGAGCUUUUGAAGCUGGAUGGGGCUUUGCUGUCACUAAAACAUUCUCCCUGGAUAAGGAUAUUGUGACCAAUGUCUCUCCAAGGAUUGUGCGUGGAAUUACUUCAGGUCCUAUGUACGGCCCAGGCCAAGGCUCUUUUCUAAACAUCGAACUGAUCAGUGAGAAAACAGCAGCAUAUUGGUGUAAAAGUGUUGCUGAACUGAAGGCUGACUUUCCAAACCAUAUUCUGAUUGCCAGUAUCAUGUGCAGCUAUAGCAGGGAGGACUGGACUGAACUUUCAAAAAUGGCUGAGGUUGCUGGUGCAGAUGCGCUGGAGUUAAAUUUAUCAUGUCCUCAUGGUAUGGGGGAGAGAGGUAUGGGCCUGGCCUGUGGGCAGGAUCCAGAGCUGGUACGGAACAUCUGUCGCUGGGUUAGACAAGCUGUUCAGAUUCCUUUCUUUGCCAAGCUGACCCCAAAUGUCACUGAUAUUGUGAAUAUUGCGAUGGCUGCGCAGGAAGGUGGCGCAGAUGGUGUUACAGCCACCAACACUGUGUCAGGACUGAUGGGACUGAAAGCAGACAGCACACCUUGGCCAGCAGUUGGUAGAGGACUGAGGACCACAUAUGGUGGCGUGUCAGGAAAUGCUAUUAGACCCAUCGCCCUCCGUGCAGUGUCUGCCAUAGCCCGUGCUCUCCCAGGAUUUCCCAUCUUAGCAACUGGAGGCAUCGAUUCUGCUGAAAGUGGGCUGCAGUUUCUGCACAGUGGGGCUUCUGUUUUACAGGUGUGCAGUGCAAUCCAGAAUCAAGAUUUCACUGUUAUUGAUGACUACUGCACUGGACUGCGAGCUCUUCUUUACCUGAAAAGCAUUGAGGAACUUGAAGAAUGGAAUGGACAGAGUCCUGCAACCAUGUGUCAUCAGAAAGGAAAACCAGUACCUAGAAUUGCUGAUCUGAUGGGAAAGAAACUACCCAGUUUUGGGCCUUACCUGGAACAACGCAAAAAGAUAAUAGCUGAGAACAAGCUUAAACUAAAGGAACAGAGCAUUGCUGCUGCGCUUCCCGAGAAAAAGCAUUUCUUUCCGAAGAAGCCCAUUCCAGCAAUCAAGGAUGUAAUUGGAAAAGCACUGCAGUAUAUUGGAACAUAUGGUGAGCUCUGCAACACAGAGCAAGUUGUGGCUCUGAUUGACGAGGAAAUGUGUAUCAACUGUGGCAAAUGUUACAUGACCUGUAAUGAUUCUGGCUACCAGGCUAUCCAGUUUGAUCCCGAAACCCACCUGCCCACAGUUACUGACAGCUGUACAGGCUGCACCCUGUGUCUCAGCGUCUGCCCUGUUAUCGACUGCAUCCGCAUGGUUUCCAGGACAACACCUUACGAACCAAAGCGCGGGCUGCCCUUAGCCGUGAACCCCGCGUGUUGAGGUGAUCGGU